AUAACUUUUCUUCCUUUUGUUGAUUCCAAGCUUUGCCAUGGCAUUUGCGAGAGACAAAAGCGUGGAUAGGCUCGCUGGACCGGGACCCGGACGGACGACAGGGGAGCAUGCAGCCCGUAUAGUAGCAUCGCAUCCCCUCCGACAACCUGUAAAUUCAUCGGUACGGGAGAAGUAGAAGAGGAGAGAUCCCGCUGCUCGAUUUCGUCGCCGUAUACCUGCAAAGUAAACCUCCAUUAAAGAAUCGCAAGAAAACAGUGGCCUCUGCUCUGCAUCUGCUUCUGAAAGCCAAGACAGAGCCUUCUGAAUAUCUUCUCCAAUCCCGGAGCGCCGUCCUCUCUCAGUCCCCCGAUUCAUCCAUCCAUCCUGCUGGCCAGUCGCCUCUGGAGAUCAUGGGCUGCCUCCGCCGCCGGCUGGGCGCCACGCGUUCGCUGCCGUUCGUGAGGAGGUUCAAGCCGAGGGAGAUCGAGGCGGCGACGAGCGGCUUCAGCACGGCGCUCGAGACGGGCGGCCCACGCGGCACGGCAUACCGGGCCCGCUUCGCCGACGGCCUCGUCGCCACGGUCCGGCGGGCUGCUGCCGUCGGCGGCAAAGAGGAUGACGGCGGCGCCGCCGCGUUCCACCGGGAGCUGCAGCUUCUCGGCCGCCUCAACCACCGCCACGUCGUCCGGCUCCGCGGCUUCUCCGAAGGCCACAACAGGUUCCUGGUGUUUGAUCAGAUGGAGAACAGGAGCCUGAAGGAAUGCCUACAUGAUCCUCUGAGGACGCCACUGAACUGGAGGACCAGGCUGCAGGUUGCCAUAGAUGUCGCAGCAGCCCUGGAGUACCUCUACUACUUCUGCGACCCUCCGGUGUUCCACGUCACGGUCAGCUCCAGCAGCGUCAUGAUGGACGCCGACUUCGUCGCCAAGUUAUCAGACAUCAGCGUGAUCGAUCCAACCGAUUCCAAUGCCGCUUCCUUCCAAGAGGGGAUCGAGCAGAGGAGAAGGGAGCUGGUGUACCAGUACGGGGUGCUGCUGCUGGAGCUGGUGACGGGGCAGUCGCCGGGGGGCGGAGACGGGGAGCUGGUGCGGUGGGUGCAGGAGCCCGGGUUCGCGGGGUCGAUGCAGCGGAUGGUGGACGCGGACCUCGGCGGCACCUACGACGCCGGGGAGCUCCGGGACCUCGUCAUCGUCGCCAGGCUCUGCACUCGCACCGCGGCCCAUGGCGCCGCCGCCGGAGUCUCCAUCCCUCACGUGCUACGCUACUUGCAGGGGAAGGUGGAGGAGAAGAACAGAGGAGGAUGAUCAUCUUUUGCUACCUCAAUCUCUGUUCUCCCGCUGCGUGUAGAAAAAAGUCAAAAAAGUUUUUCUUUUCUUUUCUGGUGAAUCCGUGAAUGGCUGAAUGCAAUGUACUCUGCGUCCGAAUAUAGCAGUUUUUUUAAUACGGUUUUGCCGAUUUUCAACUUCUAAA